CACACUCAGCAUUUGUCCCACUUUUUCUAGUUUUAUCUUUGCACGUGUGUGUGGCAAUGGGUUUUCUCAGUAAAGUCUCUGAGCUUGGAGAGUGGCAUCGUAGUAGUAAAAAGCUCAAAAAGAACAAGCAAUUGCAGGUAUCUGCUACUAUAUUCCCACUUCUUCGUAUAGUUUUUUGCUUCAUCGUUUGCAAGGGCGAUAGUUAGAAGGGGAGAAUCGAACACGAUGCUCGAGUACGUGAGAUACUCUAUAUGUGGUCAAUCGAUGCAUAUACUUUUUUGUCUAUUGUAUAACUAUAGUUGGAGAGGAAGAAUCGAACAUGAUGCUUGAGUCGAAGAUACUCUAAUAUGAUACGGUGGAGAUUAAAGUGAAGAUGGACUGUGAAGGGUGCGAGAGAAGAGUGAAGAAAUCCGUGCAAGGCAUGAAAGGAGUCACGGAGGUUGAGGUGGACCCCAAGCAGAGCAAGCUCACUGUGAUUGGCUAUGUGGACCCCGAUAAAGUGUUGCAUCGUGUCAGGCAUCGAACGGGGAAGAAGGCUGAGCUCUGGCCUUAUGUGCCGUACGAUGUCGUUCCGCAUCCCUACGCCCCGGAGGCAUAUGACAGGAAGGCCCCACCUGGGUACGUGCGGAACGUGCUGGAGGAUCCGGAGGCUUCGGCUCUCGCACGUGCAAGCUCCACUGAAGUGAAGUAUACGACGGCGUUUAGUGACGAGAAUCCAAAUGCGUGUGUGGUCAUGUAGUCUAAUGAUAUGCUGAAAUUCCAACUUGUAAAUUUUGUAGCACUUUUUUGAAUAGUCGCUGUAAAAGUUGCUUAAGCGUGUUUUGGAAAUGAAAAAAGUUUGCCUGAAGUGUGAAUAAAGCAGAGAGAGGGAAAAUUUUGGGUCUUGUA